UCUCUCUCUUUACCCCUCUUCUCCAAACUUCAUCUCCCACAAUUCCUCCACAAAACCCACAUCAAAAACCUUCGAUCCUUGCUCCUCCAAGCUUUAAUUUCGUGGGUCUAGCUCGGUGGGAGUUGGUUCGCCUCGGUUUCGGAGUAUUUCAAGAUCUAGGGCUCGAUUGGCUCGGGGGAAGUUCAUACGACCUUGAGCAUAUGGACAAUAGAUGGAGUCGUAUCCAACUUCGGAUGUCGACGAAGGUUACGGGGCCUAACACUGCCCGGAAGGUGGAGUCGCAUCCAUUUCGUGGGAUGUCGAUGAGGGUUACGGGGCCCAACACCGCCCGGAAUUCACGUCAAUAUGGACGGAGCCCGGUUCACCUUCUUGGUGGGACCUUGGCGAGGGUUACGGGACCCAACACCGCCCGGAAUUCACGUCAAUAUGGACGGAGCCCGGUUCACCUUCUUGGUGGGACCUUGGCGAGGGUUACGGGACCCAACACCGCCCGGAAUUCACGUCAAUAUGGACGGAGCCCGGUUCACCUUCUUGGUGGGACCUUGGCGAGGGUUACGGGGCCCAACAUUGCCCGGUGCAUUGCUUUGCAUCACAUAUCACGCAUUGUUGAUUGGUUGGGCUAGACGUAUGAUCUGUGUUGCUUGAGAAAUGAAAAGAGAGAUAAAGUUGUUAAUUUAAUGUUUGGUUUGUCAUUCGACUUUGAAUUGUAUCUUGGAUUACUAUCCUUCUUCAUUGAGCCUCUUGUUCGGUAAU